AUGCCUGACUUCACACCAGAAGAGGCGGCAGUUCCUGGCCAGCGUUCCUGCCAGCCAGCCAGCGUUCCAGCCAGUGUUCCUGUCACUGUUGCUGCCAGUGUUCCUGCCACUGUUGCUGCCAGUGUUCCUGCCACUGUUGCUGCCAGUGUUCCUGCCACUGUUCCUGUCAGUGUUCCUGCCAGCCUUCCUGCCGGCCAGCCAGCCUUCAUGCUGGACAGCCAGCGUACCUGCCUGCCGGGCAGUGAUCCUGUCAGUGUUCCUGCCAGCGUUCCUGCCAGCGUUCCUGCCAGCGUUCCUGCCCGCCAUCCAGCUUCCUGCCAGCGACCAGCAUUCCUACCGGCCAGCCAGCGUUCCUGCCAGCCAGCAAGCAUUCCUGCCAGCAUUCCUGCUGUCCAGGCAGCAUUCAUGCCAGCCAGCCAGUGUUCCUGCCAGUGUUCCUGCCAGCGUUCCUGCCAGCCUUCCUGCCGACAGCCAGCGUUCCUGCCAGCCAACCAGUGUUCCUGCCAGCCAGCCAGCGUUCCUGCCAGCAUUCCUGCCAGCGUUCCUGCUGGCUGGCCAGCGUUCCUCCCAGCCAGCCAGCGUUCUGCCAGUGUUCAUGCCAACGUUCCUGCCAGCCAGCCAGCGCUCAGGCCAGCGUUCCUGCCAGCGUUACUGCGGCCCAGCCAGCCGUCCUGCCAGCCAGCCAGUGUUUCUGAGAUAGUUCCUGCCAGCGUCCCUGCUGUCCAGCCAUCAUUUCUGCCAGUCAGCCAGCGUUCCAGCCAGCGUUCCUGCCAGUGUUCCUGCUGGCCAGACAUUGUUCCUGCCAGCCAGCCAGCGUUUCAGCCAGCGUUCCUGUCAGCAUUCCUGCCAGUGUUCCUGCUGGCCAGACAGCAUUCCUGCCAGCCAGCCAGCCUUCCUGACAGCGUUGCUGCUAGCCAGCCAGCGUUCCAGCCAGCGUUCCUGCCAGUGUUCCUGACAACGUUCCUGCUGUCCAGCCAGCGUUCCUGCCAGCCAGUAUUCGUGAAAGCGUUGCUGCUGGCCAUCCAGCAUUCCUGCAAGCCAGCUAGUGUUCCUGCCAGUGUUCCCGCCAGUGUUCCUGCUACAAGACAGCGUUCCUGCCACCCAGCCAGAGUUCCUGCCAGCGUUCCUGCCACGGAUCCUGCCAGCGUUCCUGACAGCCAGCGUUCCUCCAGUGAUCCUGCCAGCCAGCCAGCGUUCCUGCCAGCAUUCCAGACAGCUGGCCAGCGUUCCUGCCAGCCAGUGUUCCUGACAGCGUUCCUGCCAGUGUUCAUGCCGGCCAGCCAGCGUUCCUGCCAGCCAGCCAGCGUUCCUGCUGGUGUUCCUGGCAGCGUUCCUGCUGUCCAGCAAGCGUUCCUGCCCGAUAGCGUUCCUGCUAGUGUUCCUGCCAGCGUUCCUGCCAGAGUUCCUGCUGGCCAGCCAGCGCUCCUGCCAGCCAGACAGCGCUCCUGCCAGCAUUGCUGCUGCCCAGCCAGCCAUCCUGUCAGCCAGCCAGUGUUCCUGCCAGCGUUCCUGCUAGCGUCCCUGGUGUCCAGCCAUCAUUGCUGCCAGUCAGCCAGCGUUCCUGCCAGUGUUCCUGCUGGCCAGCCAGCGCCCCUGCCAGCCAAACAGCGCUCCUGCCAGCGUUGCUGCUGCCCAGCCAGCCAUCCUGCCAGCCAGCCAGUGUUCCUGCCAGCGUUCCUGCCAGCGUCCCUGGUGUCCAGCCAUCAUUUCUGCCAGUCAGCCAGCGUUUCUGCCAUUGUCCCUGCCAGCGUUUUGGCUGACCAGCCAGAGUUCCAGCCAGUGUUCCUGCCAGCGUUCCUGCCAGUGUCCCUGCUGGCCAGACAGCGUUCCUGCCAGCCAGCCAGCGUUCCAGCCAGCAUUCCCGCCAGAGUUUCUGACAGCGAUCCUGCUGUGCAGCCAGCAUUCCAGCCAGCCAGCUAUCCUGCAAGUGCUCCUGCUGUCCAGCAAUCAUUCCUGCCAGCCAGCCAGUGUUCCGGCCAGCGUUCGUGCCAGCCUUGCUGCCAGCCAGCCAGCAUACCUGCCAGCGAUCCCGCCAGUGUUCCUGCCAGCCAGCAUUCCUGCCAGUGUUCCUGUCAGCGUUCCUGCCAGUGUUCCUGCCAGCCAGCCAGCAUUCCUGCGAGCGUUCCUGCCAGCGUUCCUGCCAGCGUUCCCGCCAGCAUUCCUGCCAGCAAGCCAGCGUUCUUUCCAGUCAUUGUUCCUGCCAGGGAUCCUGCUAGUGUUCCUGGCAGUGUUCCUGCCGGCAUUCCUGCCAGCAUUCCUGCUGGCCAGUCAGCAUUCCUGCCAGCCAGCCAGCGUGCCUGCCAGUGGUCCGGCUGGCCAGCCUGCAUUCCUUCUGUGCCAGGCAGUGUUCCUGCCAGUGUUCCUGCCAGUGUUAAUGCAAGCGUUCGUGCCAGCCAGCCAGUGUUCCUGCCAGCGUUCCUUCUGGCGAUCGUGCCAGCAUUCCUGCCAGCAUUCCUGGCCAUCAUCCAGGAUUCCUGCCAGCCAGCCAGCCAGCGUUGCUGCCAGCGUUCCUGCUCGCCAGCCAAUGUUCCUGCCAGCCAGCCAGCGUUCCUGCCAGCAUUCCUACCACCGUUCCUGCCAGGUUUCCUGCUGGCCAGGCAGCGUUCCUGCUGGCCAGCCAGCAUUCCUGCCAGCCAGCCAGUGUUCCUGCCAACGUUCCUGCCAGCGUUCCUGUCAGUGUUCCUGCCAGCCAGCGUUCCUGCCAGUGUUCCUGCUAGUGUUCCUGCCAGUGUUACUGCCAGCCAGCCACCGUUCCAGCCAGCGUUCCGGAUAGCAUUCCUGCCACCGUUCCUGCCAACGUUCCUGCUUGCCAGCCAGCGUUCCUACCAGCCAGCCAGUGUUCCUGCCAGCGUUCCUUCCAGCGUUCCAGCCAGUGUUGCUGCCAGUCAGCAUUCCUACCAGUGUUCCUGCCAGUGUUCCUGCCAGCCAGCCACCGUUCCAGCCAGCAUUCUGGUCAACGUUCCUGCCAGCGUUCCUGCUGGCCAGCCACUGUUACUGCCUGCCAGCCAAUUUUCCUGCCAGCGUUCCUGCCAGCCAGCCAGAAUUCCUGGCAGCAUUCCUGCCGGCCGGCCAGCGUUCCUGCCAGCCAGCGUUCUUGCCAGCGUUCCUGAAAGUGUUCUUGCUGGCCAGCCAGUGUUCCUGACAGCCAGCCAGCGUUUCUGCCGGUGUUCCUGCCAGCAUUCCUACCUGCCUGCCAGCGUUCUUGCCAGUCAGUGUUCCUGCCAGUGUUCCUGCCAGUGUUCCUGCCGGAUUGCCAGGGUUCCUGCCAGACAGCCAGCAUUCUUGCCAGCAUUCCUGCCAGCAUUCCUGCCAGCAUUCCUGCCAAUGUUCCAGCCAGCUGGCUAG